GCAUUGAAAAAUGGCCGCACAGCUUUUCAGCCUGCACCGCUGGUGAACCCAUCGUUUCCUCAGUCUAAAUUGAAGGAGUGAGGUGUCCUUCCCUGUUAUAAACCACCUAAACAAGAUGCAGUGAUUGGAAGAUGGACCUUCCCAUUGCCUUGAGGUGUGUUCCAGAAAAAGGUCCUGAGCCUACUGGUCGACAUCCGCCAUCGCCUGAAGGAAACGCAGCCUGCCUCUUCAGCAGUCCAUAUAGAGAGGAUUGACACCAUGGAGGACUUUGAGUUGCAGGAGCAACACCUCUCUGAUGCACAGGCCUUUGAUACCUUGGAAGCAGUACGCCAUCUUCACAACUCCGAGACAAAUUGUAGGCGCUACGAACCGGAGCAAGGACUAACCUCGCCUCAUAACGAGGCCGUGACCUCAUAUUUGCUCGGAGCUAUGUCUGCAAGUCCAGACAUUGUGUCUGCCUGUAAAACAUAUUACGAGACCGUGCGCAGGAGCUUCAGGUACAAACAACCAGAUCUUGCAUCGCAGGCAGAAGCUGUGAAGAGUUCAGCUCGGAGUCGAGCGAGAAGAAAGAGGCUGCUAGAAGCGAGACAGAGUGUGCUGGCUGAGGAUGAGGUGGGCCUUUGGAAGUGCGCUACCAUAGACCUAAUGUCGGAUGAGGAAGACGGCAUCGUUGGCGGGGUGUCUGGAUGGAUUGUGCGACCUCCGUCUUUUCGCAGCCAGGAGCUCACAGAACUCUGUGCCACACUGCAGUCUAGAUUAGAGGCGAUGCCAAAAUACAGGGCAACGCACUAGUGAUGCGCGGGUCU